AAAAUAUUGUUGGGCCACCAACCCACAGCUUACAUUGCCUUGUAGACUAGUACUAGUAUAAAUGAAUGGGAUAUACACGUAGUAAUAAUCCAAUCCAAUCCAGUAAUAUCGCAAAUUAAGCAGCAGGUGCAGGAGGAUGUCGUCGGCGGCGGCGGUGGUGCGCGUGGUGUCGAGGCGCACCGUGAAGCCGGCAGCGCCUCGGCCGCGGGAGAGCAUCCCCCUCACCUCCUGGGACCUCUCCAUGCUCUCCGCCGAUUACAUCCAGAAAGGCCUCGUCUUCCCCCCGCCGCCGCCUUGCCUCCUAGUCGUCGACCACCUCGCCGCCGCCCUCUCCACCACGCUCAACACCUACUACCCCGUCGCCGGCCGCUUCGUCACCCACAACCACCCGGAACCUGAAGGCGGCUGCUCCGUCUCCAUCGACUGCGACGGCCAGGGCGUCCAGAUCGUCCACGCCGUCGCCGAUGCCGUCACUGUCGCCGACCUCCUCCCUCCCGACGCCCACGUCCCGCCCCUCCUCCACUCCUUCUUCCCGCUCGGGGACGCCGUCAACUACGACGGCCACCAUCUCCCCCUCUUCGUCGUCCAGGUCACCCACCUCGUUGACGGCGUCUUCCUCUCCUUCGUCUACAACCACGCGCUCUCCGAUGGAACCGCAUUCUGGGACUUCCUCAAUGCGUGGGUCGAGAUUGCGCGCGCCAGCUGCCUCGCCGCGCCCACCUCGCCCCCACCCUUGUUCAACCGUUGGUCUCCCUCUCCCGGAGACGGAGCCCCGGUCGUGCUGCCGUACGCCGACCUGUCGGAGCUGAUCGAGAGGCUGCAGCCGCCGCUGCUGUGCGAGCGGAUGCUACACUUCUCAUCGGAGUCGCUGGUGGCGCUCAAGGAGCGGGCUCGCCAAGAGCUCCUGGCGGCCGGGGACACGGCGGGCGCGGCCGCGCUGACGAGGUUCCAGGCGCUGAGCUCGCUGCUGUGGAGGUGCAUCACCCGCGCCAGGCGGCUGCCGGCGGAGCAACAGACCAUGUGCCGCGCGGCCAUCAACAACCGCGGGCGCCUCCAGCCGGCGCUGCCCAGGGAGUACUUCGGCAACAGCAUCUACGCCAUCAGCACGGAGAAGGUGCAGGCGUCGGAGCUGGUGGAGCGCGGGCACGGGUGGGCGGCGGCGGCGGUGGGGCGGGCGGUGGCGGCGCACACGGACGCGGACAUCAGGGCGCGGGUGGCGGCGUGGGAGGUGAAGCCGAUAAUAUACACGGCGAGGUACUUCGACCCGUCGGGGGUGAUGAUGGGGAGCUCGCCGCGGUUCGACAUGUACGGCUGCGACUUUGGGUGGGGGAAGGCGCUGGCGGCGCGGAGCGGCAAGGCCAACAAGAUGGACGGCAAGGCGUCGCUGUACCCGGGGCGGGAGGGCGGAGGAAGCAUAGAUGCGGAGGUGGUGCUCACUCCACACCACAUGGCGGCGCUGGACGACGACCACGAGCUGUGGGCCGCCGUCACGCCGCUACUGCUCAACAACAACAAACCUUGAAGCUUUUCUUCCUCCUCCUUCCUGCCUUAAUUAGUGCCUGCCUUUUCUUCCAAAAUUAAAUAAUAAAAUAAGAAGCUUUAAGCUUUUCCUUCCGAUGAUAUUGUUUCCCGUCUCUGUCUCAGGUUUUGGUUUCCUUAGUGUUUGUUUGCUUGCUUGAUUGAUAAUCCAGCAUCAACAAACAAAGUAAAGAUAUAUCUAUUCAUGUCAUGACAUCAUUCCAGUGAGGAUGCAAUGCACAACACCUUCUUCUUCUUUUUUUCUUUUGACGUAACAGAGGUUGCAAACUUAUGGGUUCGUGUCUAAUUCAUUAUCUACAAAAACUGAGGUUGCAAGCAAACUACAUAGAUACUGUAUUAUCUUACAAGUACCAAA